CUCUUUCGCUGGCCUCACUACGGGAAGCUUGUCAUGGGAGAGAUGCUGUCGAUUAAGGUUUACAACUGCAGCAAGGUUUUCAGUAACAGGCUUCUUGGGACCCUUGUCCUCAGCCUUCAGCACCUGAUGACAUCUGGGAGGCUGAUCCUCCGGGAGGCCCUUGUCGACAGGAACCACAAAGUCACCGGUAUCUACAUUGAGUUGGAUUUGCGCUACCAGCCUCCAGAUGGCUCAGCUGGGACCUGGGCUGAAGAGGACUUUGUCUAUCAGAUGAAAGACAGCUCGGAGUUAAUAAUCCGCAAUCCUGGAUUCGAGGAGCUGGAGGCAGCCGAGGGGCCGAGAGCGAGGGACCUGGACAGGAGGGCUGCUGCACUGGGCAGGAAGCUGGCGAAAGGCCUGGAGACUGAUGAGGAAGAGGAAGAAGAGGAAGAAGAUUUCUACGAUGUGUCUGAGAUGGAGGUCUCGGGCAUUGUCUUCAGCCCUGUGAAGAGCCGCUCCAGACUUUGCUCCGCACGGGACCUCUUUGCCACCCCAACCCCUCAGAGCUUCCAGGUUGGGAUUAAUAUCAUUGAAGCACAGAAGCUGGUGGGGGUGAACAUUAACCCCUUUGUGGUAGUCAAGGUUGGAGAGGAGAAGAGGCACACGGCAACGCAGAAGUCAACAAACUGCCCCUUCUACAAUGAAUAUUUUUUGUUUGAAUUCCAUGAGCCAAAGGACAUUUUAUUCCACAGACUCAUAGAGAUCUCAGUUUUUCAUGCAAAGAAGAUACCGUUCCUGGGAACAUGCAUAGGAGUGUUCAAGAUGGACGUUGUGACGGUGUACAGCCAGCCAGAUCACAGGUUUUUCCAGAAGUGGGCAGUUAUCAGUGACCCCACGGACACCCGGGCAGGUGUGAAAGGCUUUGUCAAGUGCAACAUCUCUGUCACCGCACGUGGGGACGUUGUGGGCUCCCUUCCCACCUCCUCCAGCAGCCGGGAUGAGGACAUUGAAAGGAACCUGCUGCUGCCUAAGAGAGUUCCUGCAGAAAGACCCUGGGCCAGGGUCUGCAUCAAGCUGUAUCGUGCUGAGGGCCUGCCCAGCAUGAGCGCGGGCAUCAUGGGUGGUUUCUCCAAGAUCAUAGGGGAGAAAAAAGUCUUUAUUGACCCAUACGUGCAGGUCUCGUUCUGCGGGCAGCAGGGGGAAACGUCAGUGGAGACCAACACCACUGAGCCUGAGUGGAACGAGCAGAUCAGCUUCAUUGAGAUGUUCCCGCCUCUGGCCAGGAAGAUAAAAGUCCAGGUGCUGGAUGAUGCCAAUGUUGGUGACGUGGCCAUCGCUACACACUACAUUGACCUGCAGCAGAUCUCGGACCCUGGCAGGAAUGGCUUUAACCCCACGUUUGGCCCAGCCUGGGUGAACCUCUAUGGCUCCCCCCAGAACUCGACUCUGCGGGACAUCCACAAGGACCUCAACGAGGGCAUGGGUGAGGGGAUCUUCUACCGUGGGCGCAUCCUCAUGGCCAUCACGGUGGAGAUCUUCAGCAGCCCCAGUGUGGCAGAGAGGAAGCUUGGGGACAAGACAAAAAGUGCCCUCAGCAAACUGAAGCUGAAGAAGAAAAGUAAGAAAUCCAAGGAGAAAGCCAAAGAACUGAUCCAGCUGCAGGGAGAGGAGGAGGCUGAGGGCUCUCAGGAGACUGAGCAGCCUGGGGAAGUCACUGUGGAGGUGGAAGAGCUUCAUCCGCUCCCUGAGAAUGCGUUGGGGAGGAAGGAGGAAUUCCUUCUCUUCGCUGCCUUCUUUGAAGCCACUAUGAUGGACUCCUCCCUCAGCUCCAAGCCCGUCAGCUUUGAGGUCUCUAUAGGAAACUAUGGCAAAGCUGAAGAGGUUGUGACCAAAGUAUGGAGAAAAGUGGGAAAGGGAGAAGUGAAAGAAGAAAAGCAGCCUUUGCUGGACUCGGGUUCAGAUGGUGAGCUGGAUGUUGAAGUCCUGGCCCCAGCUUCAGCAGCACUGAACAAGUCAGUGACGAAGAGCCAGAGACCAGAGCCCAUGGAGUAUGACAGGUCAUACAGCUGCCUGCCCAUGACGCAUGAGAAACCCUGCGUGCACGUGUGGAGCUACUGGGAGGAUCACACCUGGAGACUCUGCAUUUCCAACUGGAUUGUUAAGCUGGCAGAGCGCCUGGAGCAGGGGCUGGAUGACGUGGAGAAGCUUAUGAGAAGGCCAAAGGCAAAAGCAGAAGAGCGGCUCAGAGAGGUGCUGGAGGAAUUUGUAGCUGGAUGCAGGCAAUAUUCACUCAACUCGGAGAGAAAAAUAAUGGCACAUCCAAACAACCUGGACAGAUGCCGGAUGAAAUAUCUGAUGCGCAACAUC